GUUUAUUCUUCGUUCGGAUACAACAAAUUCCUCAUUUUAGUCUUCUUUUUAUCUCAACCUUAUUAAGUCUGGACUACAGCACAAUAGAAACGCAUGAAAAUAACAGUUACUAUGCUUAAAUGAGUUUUUAAAAAAUUUUUAUUUCUUAAAAACAUUCGGUUGUUUAUCAUGUUUCCAGGUACCAUUUUCAAAACGAAUGGAACAUUUAAUAGCGCCUAUGUUUGGUUUGGGAUUUGCUGUUGGCAUGGUUGAUUCAUCAAUGAUGCCAAUCAUGGGUUAUUUAGUAGACUUAAGACAUGUUGCAGUCUAUGGAAGUGUAUAUGCUAUUGCAGAUGUGGCAUUUUGUCUUUCAUUUGUAGUUGGACCAAUUGUUGGUGCUAUACUGGUGAAAUUCUUAGGUUUUAAUUGGAUGAUUUGGAUUACUGCAAUCAUUUGUUUUCUCUAUGCUCCUUUAACGUUAUUUCUCAGGAAUCCAUCAGGAGAAGUCACGAGUAAUUUAGAGAUAACAGUUUGUAAAUCUAUUUCCAGUUUAGAUGAAUAA